AUGUCCUACCGUCGCCGCGAUCGCGCACGGUCUGCCUCCCCGCAUCGUAAAGAUCAUCGCGACGAAGACUCUUCCCACAAAGAUAAAAAGCACAAAAGAUCACAUCGUCGUCGGUCCAAAGACUCCGAUCUCGUUGAACAGGCGAAAAAGUUCCUCCAACCCAUAACCGAAGAUGAUUAUUAUACCAAAUCAACCGAAUUUCGAAUAUGGUUGCGUGAGUAUAAAGACAAAUAUUUCGACGAAUUGAAUGCGGAGCAGACGAGGCGAUAUUUCAAAAAGUUUGUGAAUGCUUGGAACCAGUUUAAACUCGAAAAACACGCGAAUAACCCUUAUGUAGAGAAAUACUACGAUGGUAUUCGAUCGUCACAAGUAGAUAAAUCAGACAAGACUCGAUACAAGUGGAAUAUCAAAGCAAACACUGAUGAACUUGAAGCAAUUAAGAAUACAGUUGAUCGACAGACUAACAAACAAUUUGCGGCUGAGGCUAAGAUGGUCAUGAGCAAAGAAAAGAAAGAGGAAGGAAAACGAAUUAUUGGCCCUACUCUGCCUCCUCCAUCUCGAGAAGUGGAUGAAGACAUGGAUGAUGAGGAUCGACGGCGCUAUGAGCGUUCUCUGCGGAAGAAAGAAACGAAAGACUAUGCAAAGACGCAAGAAGCAGUUCUCGACGAACUGCUUCCAAAAGCAACAGGCAGGGAAGCAAUGAUUGAGAAAAAGAAAGCUCGUAAUGCACAUUAUCGACGUGAAGCAAGUCCAGACCUUGAACUUGACGAUAAUGCAUUACUAGGUGGAGAUGACUUUCAAUCGAGAUUAGCAGCGCGAGACCGUGCAAAGGCAGCCAGAGAAAAUAGGAAGCAGCAGUACAUGACCGAAAAGACUGCUAACGUUCGAGAGAAAAUAGUAGCGUACAAAUCCAAGGAACAGGAGACUAUGGAGAUGUUUAGAAAAAUAGCGGAAGAACAAAAGAAGGCUGGUGGCGGGUUGUGGGGAGAGAGUCGCGGGAAUGGAUAA